AACCCAGUUUUUUCCUUGGAACGCGCUAAGUCUCCGGCAUCGCGGGUCUUACUGCACGGGAGAUUUUGGAUAAUUUUAAUAUUAUAAUUAAAUUAAUGCACCUAUGGUUAUUUACUGAAAUAUUUUAACCUCUUGAAAGUGUUGUGUGUAAGAAACAGACAUGGAUCUCCACAGACCUGUCGAUCCUAAUAAGACCUAUGAGGAACUGACUGCAGACGAAAAGCUGAGAUAUGACCAUCAGAAGCUGCACGAGAUGCACAAGGGGCACGAGUCCAUGCACACGACCAUGGUCAUGAUCCUCAUCGUGACACUCAUAGUCGCACAAAUCAUUGUCAUGGAGUGGAAGAAGAGGCACUACAGGUCUUAUGCUUUCUUCACAAUGGUGGCGAUGUGGUCUAUACCGGUGCUGAUGAGCGUCAAGAACCAGUGGUGGAGGUUCAUCACCAUAUGGAGUAUAUUCACCAUGCUCACCGCGGUGGUCAUUAGGAAGUCAACUACCAGACCCAUGUCUGUCACCACGCCGAGGCUAGUAUACAAAUGGUUCUACCUAAUAUACAAGGUGAGCUGUUUCCUGGGCGUGGUGGGCUACAUACUCAUGAUGCUGACGUUCUUCGGGCUGAACCUCGCAUUCGGCCACAAGCCGCAGCAGUGGAUGGACGUGGCGUUGAUGUUGCUCUUCUAUGGAUUGUACUUCGGCGUCUUAGGGAGAGAUGUCGCUGAGUAUUGUACCGAUAAAAUGGCGGCUUCUAUUGGGUACUACACACAGGAGGGCAUGCCGACGCGGCAGCUGGACACUAAUGUUUGUGCUGUUUGUGGUAAUCAGUUACUCGUCGACGUCGACGCGGAGGGGCUCAUAGAGAACACGUACAAGCUGACCUGCGGCCACGUGUUUCACGAGUUCUGCAUCCGCGGCUGGUGCAUAGUCGGCAAGAAGCAGACCUGCCCCUACUGCAAGGAGAAGGUGGACCUCAAGCGCAUGUUCACCAACCCUUGGGACCGGCCCCACAUCCUAUACGGCCAGCUACUGGACUGGAUCCGCUGGCUGGUGGCGUGGCAGCCCCUCAUCCUGUUCUUGGCUCAGGGCAUCAACUGGCUGUUCGGCCUAGAAUGAGACCGGACUGGCCUCUGAGGACCUCUAGUACUGAACCCUAGCGUUGUGUUGCGGAUACUAGUGAUUUGUGAAGUGAAUUCUGUGGUUCGUGGAUAUAAGAAGAUUGGUGAUCACGUUGCUGGUAAGAUUCAGAAUCAUUUGUAUAACACCGUUUCGUUUAUUAACAGCAUAUAAGUCUGGUUUUCUUAAAACAAUUGUUUAUUUUGAAAGUUGUAUGCAAAUAUUUAUAGAAAACAGUUGUUUUAAGAAAAGUAUUGUCCAUGUUGUUGGUGAACUUCAGCUUGAUUACUGUUUAAUUUAUAAUGUUUUGUCCUUUUCUGUCUAGUUUGAUAGAAAGAGGCAAACAUUUCAAUAUCUAAAAAAGUAGACUAGCAAAUUAUUUUACACACUACUCCUAGACAAGUUCCAAUUACUAUAUACAAUGUGUAAUGCUAAAUGUGCAAAACCUCAAAAUAGUUUAAUCAAAAAAUCUUCUUGAAAAAUAAUGGCCUGUCUAUUUAUUAACGUUCUCAUAGACGUCAGAGAUGAUCAGAAUUUCCAGUACAAGAAGAAAAUCCUCUCGGAUUUUGGUAACUUGAAUUAAAAGCUUUUGCGGUGUCUGUGGUUUUGCGCAUUUAACGUAAAUCUGGUUGUUAAUACUUAUUUUUCUGUCUCGGACAGCUGUACUAUACUUGAUUGAAUACUACAGCAAUAAAACCCUUUUUAUACUGAGUAGGCCUUAGUCUAAUGGUCUAUUAUUUUAAUGUUGCUCAGUUCCUCUUUAAUUAUACCUUCUUAGAAUAUUGUAGGUCAAAAUGAAUGUUGCUUACGUCAUAUUUUUAUCAAUUUAUUCAAAUGUUACAAUUACACAAAAUUGAUUUUAAUAUUCAUGUGAUCUCUUUGUCCAAAAUGUUUUGUUUUUUUUUUAAUUUGAUUAUAACAAAAAAAAAUAUAUUUCCAAUUCUAAAUGAUUAUUUUGAAUGAAUAAAAAGUACACCAAUUAUCUGAAAUACAGGAGUACCCUUAAAUUGUUUUGAUAUUUAAAAAUGGUAAUUGAUACAAGAAUUUUAUGUGCAGUUUUGUACAAAAUGUACACUUGACUGUACUUGUACAUAAUAGUAAGAUUAUGGAAAUUUAUAUGAUGUAAAUAUUAUGAAUAUCUAUUUAAUUGACGCGAGUUGAAAUAAAGUAAGGCACACGCGUUUUGAUAAAUCGGACGACAUGACGUAUAAGUAAAUAUUGGAUUUGAAUGUGUAUUUUUUUGUUCAAAUUAUGACGUCAUGUGUGAAAUGUGUCUUAUAAUGCGUCUUGACCAGACGAGAGCAUAUACGCAUUGUACCCACAAGUAACAAAUAGUUUUAGAUAUCUGAAAUAAUGUUCUGCGUCUAUUUAAUAUUAAAACAAUUGAAUAGGGAUUCUACAUCUAUUUAUUUACUCGUUUGGUCUGCCUUCCCACUUAUAUUGGAACAUUUCCAGCGCUGUCACACUAGCGGAUUUACCGCUCGCUUUUUUUACAUGUUACAUAUUUUGAGCGACGUGUCGACGUUUGAAAAUUGUGAUUGUCAAUUGUUUACUGUCACGCCCGGGUAUACGAUCCGCUAGGAAAAACUGAGCAGGAAAUCCGCUAGUAUGAAAGCGUUAUUCUAACUAACCAUUAUUCUGUCACUGUCCAUUUGAAAAGAUCGAUUGUGGCAGCAUGAUGUUUUAAAUGUUUUCAGUGAGAAGUGACUCAAGCCUAAGCAGUCACUUUAAACAUGUCUGUUCACGGUUUUUCUAAAUUGUCCAGUGAUUGGUCAAUGUUGGUGUGUUCACUUUUAGGUAGAUAAGCUCUUGUGCAACAUAGUGAUUGCAACAUGUUGCGUUACAUGCCUCAUGUUCAGGGGAAACUUCAUGGCGGUUAGGAAUAUCGUGCGAGUGGUUGCGCAGAAACCGGCUAAAAUAGGUUCUCAGUUUCAUCUGGUUGUAAGUAUGUUUCUGUGCGCGAUUAUCUCGCGUUUAGCUGAACCGAUUUUCAGCAUAGUAUGUCUUAGGAAAAAGUAGAUCAACUGUCAAAAAAUUUCGAACUUCAAUCAACACGCGUUGUAUGUAUUGUCCGCGAUUAUUUUAAAGAGCUUUUUAGUCAGGUUAGAUAGGGAACUAUAUUAUUUGUCACCAAAAUUUAUAUUUGUCAUCAAGUUGUAUCACCUAAUAAAUAGAUCUAUCGCCACGAAAUAUUUUCGUUCUCAGAUAAACAAAGAGUGUUCCCAGGUAUGAAUUAGCAAAUUAUUGUUAAUAUAAUGUGUAAAAUAUGAGAUGGAUUACCAAUAAAAUUGUAGUGCAUUACAUGAAUAUAAACUUCGUUCUUAUAAUAAUAGUUUUAUUACUUAAAUAAUAGCUUGGUGCUCAAAAUGGUAGAUCUGUCACCAAAUAAAUCGAUUAAUCGAUCCCUGACUGCGACUCCUUUUUAUUUGUUAUUUUGUCACCAAUACAGUAGUUACAUUUUAUUUCGUUCAGUUAUUAAAAUAAUGUAUUCGUUACCAAUUUAAUACAUCAGUUUAUAAUUUUAAUAAAAAUAUGUUCAAAGGGAAGAGGAAGGGAAGGGAGACAAAUUGGCGCUUUCGGGCCUCAACGAAUGGGUUGUAGGUUGGUUGUAGGUACGAUCAUACGAUGCGGGGCGCGGGCAGCGAGAUUUUUAACAAUAAAUAUUGAUUAUUUUGACUUUGAUUAAGUGUUUUAUUUACUAUUCAGCUAGAAAUUUAAUUUAAAUAUAUUUAUACUACCUGUGGAAACUAAAGCCCUUGGGGGGAGGCACAUGGCCAGUUAAGUAGUAGACUCUUUUGGUUGAAAGGAUGAUGACGACCACCCUACAUUUUUAGACCUUCAUGAAAUUUUCUAGUGAUAUAAUAUAUGAUUUAUUGGUGAUCUCUUUAAAUUAGUUUGCUUAAAUACUAUUAGGACAAACCUAUUUAUUAUAAUACAUACAAAAUCAUUUAUUUGGUACUUGACCCCAUAUCUCCAUGAUUUUCGGUAAUUUAUUGUGGAAUUGAUUUUAUAUUGUUUGGUGACUACAUUUGGUGACAAAUCUACUAUUUUGAGGGCAAACCCUAUUAUUUAAAAACACAAAAUGAAUUAAAUUGGUGACAGCUUAAAUCAUACCCGGUUAGAUAUCAGCAAGCAAGGUACACCUUUGAUCGGAAGUUAGUUGCGAGCCGCCAUUAAGUUUGACGCGAAGUUUACAAUGUAAUACCUAGCAUUAGCCAUUGGACGUGACGUGUUACACGCAGCAUGUUGCAGUAAUUACAUGUUAUGUUGCAGAAGUUGUCAUUAUAAUAUAAUUCCUCUGUUUUUUAUACCUUUGCUGCAUUUUGUUCGUGGCAUUAAGAUGUAUGUAUUUAGUCAAACAACGGCCCGAGUUCAGAAAUCAUAGUAAAUUUUUAAAUUCUACUAAUGAAAUCUUUUCGUACGAAACGUUUAUUUGAAACAUAAAGUGAGGCUUUGCAAUCAGUUGUAAAAACCACUGAGUACAAAAUGUCGAUGUUCGAAUAAUUAGAAAAAGAGUAACCAAAAUAAUUAUCUUAUGAUGCCUAUUUAAUCCAUUCACGGUAAGCUUCUGAAAGUUUACUAUUUGUUUUCGCAAAUAACACGUUGGUAAGGUAACUAUGUCUCGAACACGGAGAACAAAAUUACUAGCCGAGAUGACAUAACGCAAAAUCUCCUAAGUAGCGCGCCAAAAUGCCGGUGACCGAGGGACGAGGAACGUUAAUAGCUCCGCCCUUACAUGCCUUCAUUGGAACCCUCCCAUUAUUUUCAAAAUUAAAUAACCAAUCAUUCAAGAUCAAUCUUCGACAGAUUGGUUUUUGAUUUGACAAGGGACCUGAAUGCGUCGUUAGUUCUAGUAAUUGAUCACGCCUACCUUACGUUACAUCGACUUUCAAGAAGGCGACUGAUCUACCUUCCUUAUGGCAUCUCCGCUAUCUUUCCUUCCUCCGUGGUGUCGAAUGCCACGAACACUUUAAUAUUUUAGCCAUUAAGUUAAGCAGUAUUUAUUAUAAUUUACGUUAAUGUUAUGCGUUCUUCCUGUAAAUGUUUUGUGCUACGCCAUUCCAUGUUGUAACAACACCUAUGUGAAUUAAUUAAAAGUAUUUUUGUAAAAAAAAUAAAACAAACGAUCAAUUAAGUGAUGUAUUUAUUAUAAUAAUUCUUUUGUUAUUUUGUACAAAAAUAAAUUAUGUUUGGAAUGUA